AUGCCACAUAGUGAUUCGGAUUCUGAAUCGCAUCAUUCAAACGAGGGGCUUUCACCUACAGCCUCUCUGAAUGUCUCAUUAGCAUCUAUGAAUACAGAAGAGCACAAUGAGCUUUAUGACCAUAGGCAGCAUCCUGAUUCAUUACCAGUGCGUACCACUUCUGAUGGCAAUGCUUCCAAUUUGACACAAAUGUCUCACCAGAACAAAGAGCGUUUCAAAGGUGGCAGCGAACCACGUGCCAAAGCCCGUCCCUUGAAUUCCGGCAUAAGCUUCGAUGAUGAUUCAGAUAAUGAAAUGGCUAUUGGAAGUCAACAGUUCCGAUCAUCGGCGUUACAUGCUGCUAACAUAAGACCCAGCCGCUUGGCCCAUUCAAUACCUCACCAAAAGCAGCUGUUUACAGCAAAUGGUCAGCUCAUUAAAAACCCACCUCUUGCAGCAAGAAGGAGCUCAAAAACGAAUACAAAUGGAGAACCGUCUGCCAGUAAGCAAAAAUCUAGAGCUAAUUCUGAUUCUUCCUCGACUAAUCAUAUGCACUUCUUGAGCAAAACUCUAUCUUCCAGAUCAAAUCAAAGCGAGUCUAAUACACACGAACAUGCUAUGCGGAGAAGAUUAUCCAAAGCGACGAUUGAAAGUGACAACUCCCACGCAUCCAGAGAAUCGCAAGAGACAGAAGAAGAUGUUUGUUUCCCCAUGCAACAUCCAGAACAUAAGCGUAUCAACGGUAUCGAUUUUGACGACCUAGAAGAGUUUGUCAUUCAAUCUAAUGAAGAAAAUUUGAACAACAACACAGUCACAAAUGUCACACCUCCUAACACAUCUCCAACUUAUUUGAACAAAGAAGGAUCCUCCUCCUCGACUUCGACUACCACAUCAACAGCUGCUUUGAAAUAUACUCCAAAAGUAGUUCAAGAGAGAGUUCAGUCAGGCGACGCUGUAGCACCCCAGAUAAAUCCAGGGAUUGUGUUUGGUAGCAACAAGGUGGAGAAUGAUUUUCCAGAACACGACAAUGGAAACUGUAGGCAUUCGGAAAACUACGUUCUUCCCGACAGAUUCUCAUUCUUUCGCUCUGACUCAGACGAGACGAUUCAUGCUCCAAGUAUCCCAUCGCUUGUAAAGCCUGGCGAGACUUUCCGUGAAUUAUUCAAGGAUGGCUCCCCAACUUGGUGGUUGGAUUGCGUUUGCCCAACGGAUGAGGAAAUGCGUUGUAUUUCAAAAGCAUUUGGGCUACAUCCUUUGACCGCAGAAGAUAUCAGGAUGCAAGAAACCCGUGAAAAGGUCGAGCUUUUCAAAUCCUACUAUUUUGUGUGUUUUCACACCUUCGAAAAUGACAAAGAGUCCGAAGAGUUUUUAGAGCCCAUCAAUGUUUACAUCGUGGUUUUUAGAGAGGGUGUCUUGACUUUCCAUUUUGGUCCAAUAGAGCAUUGUUCCAAUGUCCGUAGACGUGUCAGACAACUACGAGACUAUGUCGAUGUAAGUUCUGAUUGGCUGUGUUAUGCGUUAAUUGACGAUAUUACCGACAGUUUCGCUCCAGUGAUCCAAGCAAUUGAGUACGAAGCAGAUGCGAUUGAGGACUCAGUGUUUAUGGCUCGGGAUCAAGAUUUUGCUGCAAUGCUUCAAAGAAUUGGUGAAAGUAGACGUAAGACAAUGACUUUAAUGAGGUUGUUAAGUGGAAAGGCAGACGUCAUCAAGAUGUUUGCCAAGAGAUGUCAAGAUGAAGUAAAUGGCAUCGGGCCGGCACUUACAUCUCAACUCAACAUAGCAAACUUACAAUAUUCUCAACCCGGCAUCAGUAAAGAUGAUUUUGCCAGGCAGGGUACGCCCACAAACUACACCAAUAGAGCUCAACCACGAGCUGAUAUUGCAUUAUAUUUGGGUGAUAUACAAGAUCAUGUUGUCACAAUGUUUCAAAAUCUGUUAUCUUACGAAAAGAUUUUCUCUCGCUCUCAUGCUAAUUACUUGGCUCAACUGCAAGUAGAGUCGUUCAACUCCAAUAACAAAGUAACUGAGAUGCUAAGCAAAGUGACAAUCAUAGGUACUAUUCUGGUUCCUCUCAACGUAGUAACUGGUUUGUUUGGUAUGAAUGUACAUGUACCAGGUCAACAUGGAGCAACGGGUUCUGACUAUGGGUGGUUUUUUGGUAUUCUGGGUGUUAUGAUUUUUAUAGCUUUAUUCUCUGCCGUGGCGGCAUCCUGGUGGUUAAGCAGGAUCACCGCACCUUCCACUUUAAACGAGGCUUCGGAAAGUGGUACAAGAUCCAUCAUUAGCACGUUUAGACCAAGGGGUACCCGUGGAUCGAAACCCUUUGACUUUUCGAGACCUCAAAAAUCUAACAGGUCCUUGACCUCUCUUCCAACAAAAAUUACACGUUAUAAUUAA